AUCGGGGAGUACCGUUGUCAAGAUUGCCUGGGUGGAUGCAUGAUGUGCAAGGAGUGCAUGGUCGCCGGCCAUAGCAAGCUCCCGCUCCAUCAUAUUGAGCGCUGGGAUAACGAUUGCUUCUGGCCAAUUCCGCUUUGCCAGUUGGGGCUUCAAGUGCGGCUCGGUCACCUUCCUGGUGAGCCGUGCGGGAAAGUUCACCCAGCGCACCAGUCAUUCCUCGUUUUUGACGCAAACGGCUAUCAUUCCGUCGAUGUUCAAUUCUGCGUGUGCUCAGCGACCCCACCGUGGAAGCAAUUGCUCGACGUCGGAUGGUAUCCAGCCUCUAGUCAGCAACCUCGCACGGCGUUUACGUUCUCGUUUCUCGACACAUUUCAUGGGCUCACACUCCAGGGAAAAAUAUCACUUCACGACUACUACUUGUUGGUUAUUCACAAAACCGAUAACGCUGGCCUCAACACUCCAAUCUCCCGAUAUCAUGAAGCAACGUUAGUCACGAGGCAAUGGUCUCACCUAAUGGCUCUCAAGCGAGCGGGUCGUGCACACGACUCAUCAGGUAUCCGCGGGACACCUAAAGGCGCCCUCACCGUUGCGUGUCCCGCGUGUCCGCAACCAGGC